UGGGCGGAAAUCGCUCACGUGCGCCCAUCGUGAUUGGUGGAUGCGUGGCGCGGUGCUACUGGGCGCUCAAGCAUGACAGACUUGUUAUUUCAAGAUUCAUUUAAAGCACACCGCGGUGCUCCCCGUCUCCCCGCGGCCAGUUGACUUCCACACUCUUCGCUUCUUCGGGAGAUUUCGCUGAAAUGUCACUGAACCCGAUUAAGUCUUUCAAACUGGAGCUGGACGGCGAGGGAGAUGCUGCCUUCACGGGAGGGGAGGUGGUGUCGGGCCAGGUGGUGCUGGAGCUCCGCAGGGACACCAAAGUGCACUCCAUGAAGGUGCAGGGACGAGGCGUUGCCACGGCACACUGGCUGGAGAACCGCGGCAUGAACUCUGUGUACAACGACUACACGUCCAAGUUCACGUACUUCAGUAAGAGGCAGCGUCUGAUCCGAGAUAAUGGCGAGGUGACCAUCCUUCCUGCGGGCAGACAUGAAUACCCAUUCAGUUUCCAGCUGCCGGAGGAGACGCUGGUCACCUCCUUUGAGGGAAAACAUGGCAGCAUUCGUUACUGGGUCAAAGUGAAGCUGCACAGGCCCUGGGCCACCGUCAGGAAGAUCAAGAAGGAGUUUACGGUCAUUGAGCCCAUUGACAUCAACACACCGGCGCUACUGGCACCACAGGCUGGAACAAAGGAUAAGAUGGCACGGACGUGGUACCGUAACUUUGGACAAGUGUCUGUCACAGCAAAGCUCGAUCGCAAAGGUUAUACACCAGGUGAGGUCAUACCAGUUUUUGCGGAGUUUGACAAUUCUACUUCACGCUCAAUCGUGCCCAAAGCCUACAUCACUCAGACGCAAACGUUCAUCGCCCGCGGCACCAUGAAGCAGAAGCGCGCUGUGGUGGCCACACUGAGCGGGGACGUGGUGGGCGCCAGGUGCAGGGAAAUCUGGCACGGGCGGGCUAUUAAGAUCCCGCCCGUGGGUCCGUCCAUCCUUCAGUGCCGCAUCAUCAAAGUAGAAUACAUGCUCAAGGUGUGUGUUGAUGUCCCCGGAACUUCCAAGCUGUUCCUUGAGCUGCCUUUGGUCAUCGGCACCAUUCCGCUCCAUCCCUUUGGAAGCAGGACUUCUAGCGUCAGCAGCCAGUAUAGUGUCAAUUUGGACUGGCUGCGUAUGGCUAUCCCGGAGCAGCCCGAGCCUCCUCCAGAAUACAGCUCGGUGGUGGCAGAGGGGGAGGCCGAGCAAUGCAGCAGCGGCGGCAACACGGCGACGGCGGCGGCCCAACAGCCGGCCGAAGAUCUGAGUGGGAUCCUCGAGCGGCCCCUCAUGGCUUUCGUGCAGGAGUUCCGCUUCCGACCUCCGCCUGUGUACAGUGAGGUGGACCCCAACCCUCAGCCUUUCAACAUGAGGCCUCGCUGCAUGACGUGCUGAAAUGCAAGACCCUGCCCUGAGCGUCGAGCGACUUAGAUUAAUCCUACGAAUCGGGAGAUUUAUCGGAUUCCUCCUCUUUGAAAAGUGGCACCUGGUCGUACCAGUGUCAUUGAGAGACUGCCGUGAGCGCCACGGUGAAAGUUGGCGCCCGGCGCCGCCGGGGGCCGGGAGACGGAGGAGCAACCCCCCCGGCUUUGUUUCCAGUCUUCACGUGGACUUUCUGCGGUUCUUCUGAGAUGGAAGCAGCAGCUCCGCAUCAGUGAUUUUAUUUAUGUUUUAAUCCUGGUGACGUGAGCUACGAACACUUCCCGUUCAAAUCCCUCACCUGGAAUGAGAUUGAAGGAAUUGAGGACACGUUGAGCUGCGAAGUGGUCACUUUUUAUUGAGCGCGUUAGGUGUUAAGUGCCUUGUUGUAAAUCGACAAUUGCGAUCACGUUGUCAUCUUCAAAUGGUGGAAAGAGAAACGCAAUUAUCGUUCAGUCUCUUCGUUCCUUUUACCAGAAGCUGAUAGAUGCCAGCAUAUGCUGUAAAUUAAUGUGUAUUAAUGGUUGGAGCUGCACACAUUUUAUGCAUGUGGUAAAAAGGAAAAAGUACAAAUGCCUUAAACGCCUGUUUGUUAAAGAAGAAGUUGUUCGGAAAGAAAAUGGAAGAACGUUUGAUUACGCAACGUGGAUGUGUCAGAUAGAGGGUGCUGAGUUUUGUUUGCACGAAGGAGAAACAAAUUGAGCUUGUAGUUUAUAAAAGUGCGUGAGGCUCACUGAUAAGCUCCCCUAGCUGCUAAUAAAAAGGAGGCGACGCAGACCUGAAUUGUGCGGUUGGACGUAUUUGAUGGGAGCCAGAUGGCGCUUUGGGAAGCUCAAGCAGAACACACUUAAGACAAGCUGUAAGACGGAGAUGCCUCUGGAGUCAAUAGACAACAUUCCAAAAACUGACUCUGGGAUUAUGACUUUUCCUAAAAAACAGCAACAACGGCAAUGAGUAGGAAAGAAGUCUUCAGGGUCAGCAAUGCCAUGCUUGCAAAAGCAUGUAUUUGUUGUUAUUGUUUUUGGGUUUUUUUUAAUAAUACAAUUACAGUUUUGAAACAUGAUGUUGCCAAAGUUUCUUUCAUGUUCUUUUGGAUCAAAUAAACAAAAUUGAAGUAA